AUGAGGGUCUUGCUUUCCAUCCUUGGGGUCCUUGCCUUGUUGUCCAUAGUUCCUCAAGCCAGAAGCUUCUUUUUUCCUGAAGGAUGUCCUGCAGGAUACUCUAAUUGCAGAAUGAAGUGCAAUACUAAUGAAUAUGCAGUUAGAUACUGUGCUGACUGGAGCAUCUGCUGCAGAAGGAAGAAAAAUGUGUUUAAGGAAAAAAAGAAGUGGUGA